AUGAGGCCGGCCUUCGCCCUGUGCCUUCUCUGGCAGGCUCUGGGCCCCGGUCUGGGCCGGGCCGAGCACCCCACGGCCGACCGCGCCGGCUGCUCCGCCUCCGGGGCCUGCUACAGCCUGCACCACGCGACCAUCCAGCGGCUGGCGCCCGCCGGCUGGAAGGAGACGCGGUGCCACCUGCGCGCCGACGGCUACCUGUGCAAAUACCAGUUCCAGGCCCUGUGCCCAGCGCCGCGGCCCGGCGCCGCCUCGGACUGGAGCUACCACGCGCCCUUCCAGCUGCACAGCGCCGCGCUGGCCUUCAGCCCCCCGGGGACCGAGGUGAGCGCGCUGUGCCCCGGGCCGCUCUCGGUCUCCGCCAAGUGCGUCGCAGAGGAGGCCGGCGCGCACUGGGAAGGGCUGCCCUCCGGAGGCCUGCUCUGCCCUUGCCCGGGAAGGUACCUUCUUGCUGGCAGAUGCGCCCAGCUCGCCAACUGCCUAGACGACUCCGGAGGUUUUACCUGCGAGUGUGCCGCCGGCUUCGAAUUGAGUCAAGACGGCCACUCCUGUGUAAGCACUAGGGAAGGACAGCCGACCCCUGGGAAGACACAAGUGGUCACUGGGCGUCCACAGGUCACUGCAGCCAGCCUUGGGCCAAACACGGGACCACUCCCGGGCCAUGAGAAGUCAGGCGAGAUACCCCUGGGCUCUGUACCAGGCAACUCAGAAACGUCCACUCCCGAGAUUCCUGAGUGGGAAGGCCAGGCCACGACGUCUACCCUGCAAAUGCCCACCCGAACCAAUUCCAAAGAUCCCAUCCCCACUUCAGGAGGUGCCAGACCAAAGUUUAACUCCACAUCUGCCUCUACUGUUGCCCGGACCUUGGACUCUUCUUCCUUGGUGGUCUUCAUACUUGUGGGGAUAGCGGUUAUAGUGUUGGUCAUCUUGACCCUGACAGUGCUGGGGAUUUUCAAAUUCUGCUUCCACAAGGAUCCUUCCUCCAACCCCAGGAAAGGGCCUCUGACCACUCAGGGAGUGGGCAGUGAGACCGAAGGCGCCGCUUUGCACUCCAGUUCCGCACACUGCGCGGCCAAUGGAGGAAAGGUUGGGGUCUGUAGUCUGAGGGAAGGGGCAGAAGGCCCCUCACUGGCGGAGUCCUCCCUUGGCCCUGGAGAGGUGUAAGGAAAACAGGUGACUGUGGAUGCUUCUUGUGCACGGAACUUUCUGCUUUCAGCAAAAAGAGAAAGAGGAGAAGAGGAACUCAUUUCUGGUACUGACGAUUUAUAAAGAAAUCCCCAUUUCUCUAAUUUUCCUACUACUGCAACUGAGCGGUUAAAUCUGACCUGCACACUUUUUCCUGGAAGCACUGGUCAGGGAUGGAAGUGCCUUAGGGUGGUA